AUGGAGUCUGAACGAUUGACUCCGAUUGAUUUUGCGCGCGUCCGCGGCUUCGCCCUCGGCGCACCCUCUCCAGAAAACGUGGCGGCGCUCACCAUCCUCUCCUCCAGCGACACAACCACCGAACUAUCCCUUCAGCAGCACCUCGACAUUGCUCCCGACCUGGUCGCAUAUAAUCACGACCUCCCUGCGGAGGGCGAUACCGAGCCUUUGAUGAUGGCACAGCCGGUGCCUCAUCACGCUACGGACAAGAAGCGCGUCAAGGUUUACGAACUCCGCAACAAUGACUGGUUCGAUCGCGGCACCGGCUUCUGCAUGGCGAAUCUCGUCCAGAAUGCCGAGGGCCGCAAGGAACCCAAGGUCAUCGUCGAGUCGGAGGACCAGCCAGAACGUUUGCUUCUAGAGACAAAAAUCCAUAAAGAGGAUAUGUUCCAGAAACAGCAAGAAACUCUCAUCGUAUGGACAGAACCUGUCAACGGGAUCGAUAUGGCGCUCAGUUUCCAGGAGUCCGAGGGCUGCUCUGCGAUUUGGAGAUUCGUGAGCAACGUGCAGCACGCGCUGCAGAACAAUCUUGGCGGAGUAGACGAUACGCUAUCUGAGGAUCUCGCGAUGGACGGGCCCCCCACAAUCAACCUCCCCGCUGCCGAGCUGGGCAACCUGAGUGAUAUCGAAACCAGUAUGCGCAUCAUGGGCUCUACUGUCAACGGCCGGGAAGCGCUCACCAAGACCAUCAUGGCCGAGGAUUACAUUGGCAAACUCAUUCCCCUCGUGGAGAUGGCGGAAGAUCUGGAGAGCCUCCAGGAUCUGCAUCGCUUGUGCAACAUCAUGAAGAGCAUCAUUUUGCUCAACGACACGUCCAUUAUCGAGCACGCCGUAUCCGACGAAUGCGUUUUGGGCGUGGUCGGAGCCCUCGAAUACGAUCCCGACUUUCCCAGCCACAAGGCUAAUCACCGUCAUUGGUUGGAUAACAAAGGCCGGUAUAAGGAGGUCGUCCCGAUCGAAGAUGAGGGUACAAGACGGAAGAUCCACCAAACAUACCGGUUACAAUACCUCAAGGACGUGGUACUGGCCCGUAUACUCGACGAUCCGACUUUUUCCGUGCUCAACUCAUUGAUCUUUUUCAACCAAGUGGACAUUGUGCAACACCUCCAGGGCAAUGCACAGUUCCUCAAGGAUCUUUUUGGCAUUUUCGCAGACCCAGACACCGAUGCCAGCUCAAAGAAAGAAGCGGUUCUGUUUAUCCAGCAAUGCUGCGCGAUCGCGAAGAAUAUCCAGCCGCCCUCGCGGCAGAACCUGUACAACAACUUUGUUUCCCACGGCUUGUUACAGGUCAUCAUCUACGGUCUCAAGCAUAGCGAUGUCGCUGCGAGGGUGGGUGCCACGGACAUCCUCAUUUCAAUAAUCGACCACGAUCCCCAGAUGAUCCGCCAGACAAUAUACCGACAGAUGAACGAAAAUCAGCCCCCAUUGACCGAUUCAUUGAUCGAGCUCUUGCUUGUCGAAGUGGACCUCGGAGUCAAAUCACAGAUCUCAGAGGCGAUCAAGGUUCUCUUGGACCAAGGCAUGAUGAUGCAGCAACAAAUGCCCGAAAAGUUCCAGCAGGCCGCGGCAAAUGGGGACUUUCAUGGGAGACCGAGGCCACAGGCGGAUCCUCAGCAGGAACUGUUCUUGCAGCAAUUCUACGAGCGCUCGGCUGCAAAGCUCUUCAAACCCCUGACAGACUUGGAAAAUCGAUCGGACAUGCAUUUCUCGGUCCAGCAGGCGUCCAUGUUCAGCUACCUGGUGGAGAUACUGUGCUUCUUCAUCCGCCAGCACCAUGCUCUCAGUCGAUAUUUUGUCAUGAACAAUGAUAUCGUGGCGAGAGUUGCGCAACUUCUCCAGUCGCCCGAGAAGUUUUUGCAGCUCGUUGCGAUCCGAUUCUUCCGUGCACUCAUCGGCAUGCAAGAAGAGUUUUUUAUCAACCACUUGACAGACAAGCGCAUAUUCGACCCUGUUCUCCAAGUGGUGUCAAAGGCCAUCUCCCGCGAUAACUUGCUCAGCUCUGCGUCGUUGGAGAUGUUCGAGUUUAUCAAAAAGGAGAACAUCAAGAAUCUAGUGAAGCACCUUGUCGAAAAUCACCGGGAGCAAUUGUUGAACCUGAGCUAUUUACAGACAUUCCGCGAGCUCCUUCAGCGGUAUGAUCACACGCAGGGAUACACCAUCAACAUGGAGCUGUUCCUCGAGACAGAUGAUGAGUCGGGAAGGAGGCAAGCCCCGAACUCGAGGAUGAUGGAGCACAUCACUAUGGAUCCCGCGGAAGAGGAGUACUGGAACACAUCAGACCCUGAAGACGAAGACGAGGGUCCUGAGCGCAUCGGGCAGAAGACGCUGGGGAGUAAUGGACCGAUGACACCCACCAAACCACUGGUUGACUACCCCUCGGACGAGGAAGGCGAUGAGAACGCCGACCCCAACGCUCGACAGCCAGGUGAUCUCUCACCGAGUAGCGAAAGCUCUGACUCGAGUGCAAGCGCCGGUGGCCCGCCAGAACGCAUUGCCGAGAAAAGGAGACGUGAGGAGGAUGAAGAGGACGAGAUCGACAAACUCAUGCAGAACAAACGGCGCAAUAGCACCUCGUCGUCAGGCUCGAGUGCGACAGUGUCGGCCAGCAUGGGUCGACGGCGGAAGAGCUUCAGUCCCAGCAGCGGCAACGGGGCGCCCAAGAAGAUCGCCAUCAGCCUCUCGCCGACUCUCAAGUCCGGCGCGGGCGACGCGAGGACGGACGGUGACGCGUGA